AUGAACCUGGAGGGAGAGGGAGACGAAGUGAGGUGCCGCGCCUUCCCGGUCACUCUGGCGGGACCUGCGAUAAGGUGGUUUAACAGCCUCCCCCAGGGCUCGGUGGCCAGGUUUUCGGACAUCAGCCGCACUUUCCUGGCCCAAUUUCCUACCAGAAUUGCAAAGGCAAAGCACCCGAUCAAUUUACUCGGGGUGACUCAGAAAUCCGACGAGCCGACCAGAAAAUAUCUAGACCGGUUCAACGAAGAGUGCUUAGAGAUCGACGAGCUAACUGAUUCAGUAGCUAGCCUAUGUUUGACGAAUGGACUUUUGAAUGAGGACUUCAGGAAGCAUCUCACGACGAAGCCGGUGUGGACGAUGCAGGAAAUCCAAAGCGUAGCCAGGGAAUAUAUCAACGAUGAAGAAGUCAGUCAAGUCGUAGCUGCCAACAAGUGGCAGCCCUCCUACAAUCAACCUCGGCAGCACGGGGGUGGAGAAAGGCAGAAGGAGCACGCCAGAGACGGCGGUCCGGGAAAGACAUCCAGGCCAUUUUCUUGGGUUAGAAAGUUCACCAAUUACACCCCCCUCAUCGCCCCCAUCAUAGAAGUUUAUCAGCAGAUAGCCGAGAAGGGAAUUUUGUCAAGGCCCCGUACUCUAAAGGACCGAACCGGGGGGAACAAGAUCCUCUAUUGUGAUUAUCAUAAGGGCUAUGGACAUAAGACGCAGGAUUGCUUCGACCUGAAGGACACGUUAGAACAAGCUAUCUGGGACGGAAAACUAGCCGAAUUCUCCCACCUCAUCAGGGAACCAAGGAAACGAGAUUGCGACCGUGAAGGAGAGGACAAGACCCGCGCAGUGAAGCGACGUCAUGAACCGGACGACAACGAACACGGCCUUACCAUAGUGAACGUGGUAACAGCAAGAGACGCAGCCCCAUGGUCGAAGUCGGCACACAAGAAAGACGCCAAAGUCCUGGUGGUUUCCUCAUCUUUCGCGCGAAGCUCUAAGAGGUUUCCACCCAUCUCGUUCGGUCCGGAAGACCAGUGGUUCGAUGAGGUCGUGGAAAGGCCUCCCAUGGUCAUCACGGCCGGAGUGGGAACCGGCCUCAUCAAGUGGAUUCUCGUAGACACCGGGGCUGACUCGAAUAUCAUGUUUCGCAAUGUGUUCGAUGCCUUGGGCCUACGGGAUUCCGACUUAAAGACCCACUAG